GGUUGCAGCUUCUAGAAUGACCUGACACAAUUGCAACUAGUAAACAAUCAAAUUAGGCAAAAUAGUGAAAGCAACAUUUGUAUGGUAUUUCUCAACUUGGUCUUUCUUGAGGUAUAAAAGCACUGGCAUCGCCAGCUCAAUAACGCUGUCUUCCUCUAGCUUUCUCCUCUUUCACUCCACAUUUUGUCCUAAAACCAAGUUGAGCCGAUAUUCCUUCGGAGUCCUUGGUUUUGCAUUUAAAAAAUUUGGCAAUCCAAUCCCUCAUACAAUCUUUCCAGUUGUGCAAAAUCUCGUAUUCUUUGUCGCAAGUAUCCAACUACAUACAAAACCAUGCAGGACGUAAGACUGGUGUACUUUGACAUCCGAGGCUUAGCUGAACCUAUUCGUUGGAUGCUCACGAUUGCUGGAAUAGGUUUUACGGACGAUCGCAUAGCAUUAACCGCUUGGAUGACUAAGAAAAAAAAUACCUUUGAGAACAUCAUGAAGCGAAGAACAUCCGCCAGUGACACGGCUGCAGCGCUUGGUUUGAAAAAGCAGUUUGUCGGCCAGCUCCCAAUUCUCUGCCUUGGUGAUGACUUUGUUCUAACCCAACCGCUUUGUGUUCUCCGAUUCCUCGCGAAAAAGUGUGGUUUUAAUGGAGAAACAGAAAUGGAGGAGGCAAGAGCUGAAGAAAUUUCUGAUCUUGUGUAUGAUCUAAGGACGCGGGCGGUUGAAUACGAGGGUAAAGCUUUUAAAAGCCAGACGCCAGACAUCGUAUGUCAUACAGUGUUUCGCGAUUUACGAGGUGCCCCAGAGUCGAAUGAAAAAACAAAAAUGCUGGAAGACUUCCGGACAAUGUUUUUACCACUCUAUUUCAAAAAGUUCAAUUCUUUGUUGGAAAUGAGUGCUGGAGAAUGGAUUGCUGGCCCAAAUUUGACAUAUGGUGACUUUGUUUUGGUAAAUUUUCUUGACAUCGCUGAGGACAUGGUGGACCCUAAUUGCUUGGACGAAUUUCCAAAACUGCGACAGCUUAAAGAAUCUGUCCUGCAAAUUCCAGAAAUUCAACAGUGGCGAAAGCUACAAGAACAGAAAAAUUUGAUUAGCUAUGUGGAAAAAAAUUAAUCAAUCUCCACCCGAUUGUAAAAAGUUAGUCGAGAAGCUUUGAUGGAAUUUCAGAUAUUCGUACAUUGAUAUUUCUUGUCGUGAAUAAAAUAAAUAAAACCAACCGA